CAUUUCCAAGAAGCAUUUUCAACUUAGUGAGUGCGACUCUUUUCUUACGCACUUUUAUCUCCAACACACACCUCAAAAUCACCAACAACAAAAAAAAACAAAUAUUUUCAGUCCAACAAAAAUGAUAACUUCUACUUACACUCGCAACCAAAUCCUCUGUUUCAUUACGCUAGUUCUCACAUUAAUCUCACUGACCGAAUCUCGACCUCACCACCACAAAGACAAACACAAACACAAUAGCCAUAACCAUCACUCUUCAAAACCAGAGCCACCUCCUUCCUCAAUCUCUCAGCCUCCUACUCCUCCUCCGGGUCCCACUGACUCACCGUCACCUUCAUUGCCACCAUCACCUUCUGACGAGCCAGAGGAAGACAACAACGGAGUCUACAACGUGAGAAAGUUUGGUGCGAUCGGAGAUGGUGUCACAGACGACACGGAAGCAUUCAAAACGGCGUGGGACUCAUCUUGUAGCAACGAGAACGAAACCGUUUCGAUGUUGGUUGUUCCGUACGGCUACACAUUCAUGAUUCAGUCCACUAUUUUUACCGGUCCUUGCCGCUCUUACCAAUUAUUCCAAGUGGAUGGGACCAUUGUAACACCAGACGGACCAGAAUCGUGGCCGAGCAAUAUAAGUAAAAGACAAUGGCUUGUCUUUUAUAGAGUUAACGGAAUGGCUCUGAAAGGCGCCGGAGUUAUUGACGGCCGGGGACAAAAGUGGUGGGAUCUUCCCUGCAAACCUCACCGGUCUGUCAACAAAUCUGCAAUUGUUGCUGGACCUUGCGACAGUCCCAUUGCUUUGAGGUUCUUCAUGAGCUCGAAUCUAACGGUGGAAGGUCUAAAGAUAAAAAACAGCCCGCAGUUUCAUUUCAGAUUCGACGGAUGUCAAGGAGUUCACGUCGAGUCCCUUCACAUCACUGCUCCGCCGUUAAGUCCCAACACUGACGGCAUCCACAUCGAAAACUCUAACUCCGUUACCAUCUACAACUCCAUCAUCUCCAACGGAGAUGAUUGUGUAUCGAUUGGUUCCGGAUCCUACGAUGUUGAUAUUCGGAAUCUCACUUGUGGACCCGGUGGACAUGGAAUUAGCAUUGGAAGUUUGGGCAAUCACAACUCACACGCAUGCGUCUCCAACAUAACGGUGAGAGACUCGGUCAUAAAAUACUCCGACAACGGGGUUCGGAUCAAAACAUGGCAAGGCGGGUCCGGUUCGGUCUCAGGCGUGACGUUCAACAACAUCCACGUGGAUACAGUUCGUAACCCAAUAAUCAUUGACCAAUACUAUUGCAUGACCAAAGAUUGUGCUAAUAAAACAUCUGCGGUUUUUGUAUCUGAUAUUGCAUACCAAGGCAUCAAAGGAACUUACGAUAUUCGAAGUCCUCCAAUGCAUUUCGGAUGCAGCGAUGCCGUUCCAUGCACGAAUCUAACUCUUUCGGACAUCGAGUUGCUUCCUGCGAAAGGCGAAAUCGUUUUAGAUCCGUUUUGUUGGAAUGCUUAUGGAAUCGCUGAAGAGCUUUCAAUUCCUCCGGUUUGGUGUCUCAUGACCGAUCCCCCCACGGCGUUGCAAGGUGCUCUUGUUGACAAAUGUGGUUCAUCGUGAAUCGUGAUCGGUUCAAUAAUUGAGUUAGACGAUACUCCAAAACUUUUUACGAUAAUUUUAGCGGGAAAUGUAUAUAAGCUUUGAGGGGAAUCAUAUUUUUGAUUCUUCGUUGAGGAGUGGUACGUUUUAUUUGCCUCUCCAAAUAUUCUAAAACCGUACUGUUUACUUUUCAUAAUGAGCUCUGUAGUGUUGUUUUGCUAAUGAUGGAGUGAUUAAUAUUAAGAUUGUGUUUUAGCUUCAAUUGUAUAUGUUACUAUGGAUAAG